AUGGCACAUGUUCACGUACUCGACCAAAAUUCCUAUUCAUUAAGUAUGUCACUUGUUAAUGCUAAGAGUAAUAAUAAUUUGAAAACAAAGUUACAAGCAUUGGUCACAGCGAAAGAUCCAACGAUUUCAUUCAUUGAACCGGCUAUCAGUCGUAGUGAUUGUUGGACAUCAUUUUCUCAAAUACAAUUAUCGAAAAUUUCCCAGGACUACGUUGUUUGUUUAUCCAGUGGAACUGUUUUGAAAUGGAUUAGUGAAAACGGCACGAAAGUAAUGAAAAAUCACAGUUGUCCGAAAAAAAAUGGUAUAAGGAGUAUCACACUAAAAGGACGUCAACGUACGACCUCAUCUUAUUGUGAAGCACAACCAAAUGAUUAUGCAGCAAUUAAACACCAACUAACAGAAGCGUGUAUCGAAUAUUGUGUUGUUGAUAGCCGUUCAUUUGAAUCUGUAUCUGAUGACGGUUUUAUCAGCUUAGCCAAACAGUUAAUGGAUGCUGGAGCAAUAGUCGCUCGGCUGUACCAGUAA